AUGGUCCCGAGAGUCGGGGCGGUCUGUGUUCAAAUGUGUGGGCGGGCUGUUUAUGGAGGGGCUGCUUUUUUCUUCAGAAGGAAAACCGUUCCUGACUGUUUCUGGACAGCGAUCCUGUUGGUAACCUCCGGAUUGUUUGCGGAGUAAUCCUGUGGCUGCGUUGGGAAAUUUAAUGGUCCCGGAUCACCGCUCAACGAUUUCGGGAGAUGUAGUCUUUAAGUAGCGUGGAUUGGUUUCAAACAAGAUUCAAACGUUCAUCUUCAUGGACACUACGAAAUUUCGGCACAAGGGGGCCUUGAUGCUGCGGAAUGACAAACACAUGCUCAAUCUCCGGCUGGGACGGAACCCAAAGCAGCGCUGGCAGAAAGUGUUAUAUAAGAGGCAGCCAUUUCCUGAUAACUAUGUGGACCAAAGUUUCUUAGAGAAGCUACGCAAGAAUGUUCAUGCACGCCAGUACCAGUACUGGGCAGUGGUGUUUGAAUCUGGAGUGGUGAUACAACAGCUGUGCAGUGUCUGUGUCUUUGUGGUCAUCUGGUGGUACAUGGACAUGGGACUUCUAGCUCCCCAGUGGCUAUUUGGAGCUGGCCUGAUCUCUUCCCUAAUUGGUUAUGUUCUCUUUGAUGUGGUUGACUCAGGAAUGGGGAGAAGUCAGAGUGGCCAGACACGGUGGGGAGAUCUGAAGAAUGCUGUGGUAUUUGUGGCCUUCACCUAUGGCUUUUCCCCAGUAUUGAAGACCUUAACUGAAUCCAUCAGCACAGACACUAUUUAUGCUAUGGCUGCCUUAAUGCUCCUAGGACACUUGAUCUUCUAUGACUAUGGGGCUAAUGCUGCCAUUGUGUCCAGUGCACUGUCUCUCAACAUGGCUAUCUUUGCUUCAGUGUGCUUGGCUUCACGGCUGCCUCGCUCCUUGCAUGCUUUUGUCAUGGUGACAUUUGCUAUCCAGAUAUUUGCCCUGUGGCCUAUGCUGCAAAAGAAGCUCAAAGCCCAAACCCCUCGAUGCUAUGUGGUAGUUACCUUGCUCUUUGCUGUGUCUGCCUUGGUGGGUCUGGUGACCAUUUCCAGUGUUGGAGCUGUUCUUUUCGCCCUCCUCCUAGUCUCCAUCUCAUGCCUGUGUCCUUACUGCCUUAUUAGACUGCAGCUGUUCAAAGACAACAUUCAUGGGCCUUGGGAUGAAGCUGAAAUCAAGGAAGAUCUGUCCAAAUUUCUCAGGUAGUUCAUGGAGUCACACAGUAACAUGCUGAACAGUUCUUGUUCAAGUGGAGCCACAACUGAAGUUGCUCUGACUUGCCUCCAGUUUGAGACAAUAGCAGUUCAGGAACUGUUUUGAUACACACAGUCAACCAGUUCAUGUAAUUUGGACUUCCUAGUUUUAAAAAUAUAUUUGAAUAAAUAUUGGAUACUGUGA